UCGUUCGUUCAGUUCGUUCUUCCGUUCGUUGUUUCGUUGAGCUUUUUAUCUGAUAUUUAUUAUUGUUUGACCCUUGCUUGUUUACUGGACUGUAAUUGAUCGCCUGCCUACUGACCUUAAGGUAUUCUAUACGGACUCGGACUUAUCUUCCUAUCGAUAUGAGGUGUAUCAAUUGUGAUGUUGAUAUACAGAGGUUACGGAGGCAUACCACCUCUUCAUUGCCUAAUGAUCUACGUGCUAUCCUAACAGGAUGGCUAUCUGUUGAGAUACCAAUGGAUAGCAAUAUAUGCCAUGUGUGUUUCGAACUGCUGAAUUCGAAUAUAGCUGCAGAUGGGCGUUUGUUCGGAUUCACAAAGUUAUGUGUUGCUUGUGGCCAUUCUCUUAGAAAAGCACGACAGCGACAUACAUUAGAAAGGAACCAUUCAAUGUUGCAGAAUUUACCGCAGUCACAUCCAGCUUUACAUCAGCCAAAUCCCUGAUGUGCUUCAGUUGUAACAGCUGUAAGGAAUCCGACUCCUCCUGUCUUUCAAACCACUUAAAAGCUAUUUCUAGAGCUUCAAAAGUUUCUGCGUGAGAUGUUCCUUGACAUCAUCCUCAGUUUCAGUCUCUUCUUUGAGAUGAGAGCGGGAGUAAACAUUCGGAGGCGCGUUUUAAUUUGUCGCUACAUGUCUAGUUGCGCGGUACUUGAGCCGUGACGUGAGUUAGGAUAAUUGGGAUUCGGAUAAUCGGGAUUUUAUUGUAUUUAGUUAAGCAAGCAUUUUCAGGGUGUUAAGACUAAUUACAAAUUAUACCUACUGUGAUUUAAUGUACCUUAAAAUAUACAAUUAUUAAUCAAUACUUUUAAGACAAAGAAACAAAUCUGUGAUUUGGUAAUAUUUUAGAUAUUACGUAUAUAAGAUUUAAAUGAUUCUGAAUCAAAGUAGUUUAAUGUAGUACCUAUAGUAAAACUUUACCAAUUGUAACAAAAGUAGGUAUAUUUAAUUUUUACUUAUCAUUUUUGUGUGGUAAGGAUUAAUGAUUUAAUAUACUGUGAGUUAAUUUUAUAAAACAAUAAAAAUAUGCUAUUUAUCAACAUGUUUUUUUAUAUCUUUCUACGUAAUACAUUACAUUAAACACAACAUAAAUAGCAUAUUUUUUGUAUUAGAAGCUUUGGACGUGCCGAGAACUUCAAUAUUAGUGAGACAAGUGAUUUAACUUGACCAGACAUAUCCUGCAAGGGACUGCAAUAUGCUGAUAAUGAUAAAGGGUAAUCCUUUUUAAGCUCAAA